CAAAACUGUGCAUAGCAUAGCCAUCCAAAGCAGUGUGAUUACAGAGACAGAGACAAAAUAAAACAGCACACAGUUAACCCUUUGAUCGCCCCUCAUGUUAACCCCUUCCUGCCCAGUGCCAUUAUACUUUUUUUUUUUAGCACUGAUCACUGUAUUGGUGUCACUGGGGAUGUCAGUGACACCAAGUCAGUUCCCCCCCCCUGUGUCAGAAUGUCUGCCGCAGUCCCACAGUCCUGCUAUAAGUCACUGAUCGCCGCCAUUACUAGUAGAAAAAAAAAAAAUUCCAGUAUCUAUACCACC